AUGGAGACGGGAACUGAACAUGAUGUCCUCAUUUCGAAGGUGAAAGAGUUCAUCUUCUCAGAGGAUGACGAAACAUCGUUAGCAUUCGAAGUCUGGCUAGAAACAGUGCAGCUCGCCUCAACUUUGUUACCAAACCACCACAGACUAAAGAAAGUGCUGAACGCUCUUAUGAGCGACAGUAUGACUCCACUAUUAAUUGCGUGUAUAUAUGGUCUAGAGGAUGUUUUGCCUCUCCUCGUGGAGAAGGAAGACUUUGAUGCUGACGUGAGAAACCUGCUUGGUCAUACUGCAUUAUAUCUUGCCGCAUCUUCGGGCGGGUCGUGUUGA